GACUUUGGUUGGAACCGAAUGAGGCCUGGAUUCUGGAAGGUGGAGGCUGGCCACCACUUAGAACAGGCUGUUGCCAUUGGCAGAUCCGGGGGAGGAACCUCUUUCCACUCGGCUAGCGCAUUCUGAACCGAUGGCCCUGACGCUGGGAGCGGCAGACCUUUGGAUGUGUGCCGGGAUUCUGGGGCAGGUCCCAGCUUUGGUGUGGCUAGGCCUCAGCGCAGUGAUUGUUUGUGCCCUUAUCUAUUGGGCUUUGGACUUCUACUUCCUUGAGGCACUGCUCACUUGCUUUGCCGUAGCGGUGGAAGUAGGCACAGAGUCGCCUGUUUCACGACUUGUGGCAGAGAGAUGCGUCAGUCUCAAGCGAAGAUACCGCUCGACACCCUGGCUCUGCAGCCCCCACCUGCAGACUGUGUACCUCCACUUUGAUCCUUGGAGUCCUGUUGUCAAAUAUCGGAGAGAGGUGUUCCGACUUUCAGAUGGGGGCUCUGUCGGCCUUGAUUGGUCGGGAACUGAGCAGCCAACGACCCCCACAGUCGCCAUCAUCCCAGGAUUGACAAGCGACUCCAGCAAUGCUUACCUCAAGUACCUGGUUGCUGACAUCACCGCAAAAGGCUGGCGGUCGGUCGUGAUAAACCACCGGGGCCUGGGAGGAGUCUCGCUGACGUCCGAAACCUUCUACAAUGCCGGCUGGACGGACGACAUGCGCGAGGUCCUCUCUGAGAUCGGGGCUCGGCUGCCUUCCGCCCCCCUGGCUCUAGUUGGUGCCAGCCUCGGGGCAAACAUGGUGAUCAAGUUUCUUGGGGAGGAAGGAGCAGACUCCCCGGUCUGGGGAGCGGUUGCGAUCGGGUGCCCGUUUGACCUGCUGGUCUGCGACCGGUUCAUGAACAGGACGUUCGUUCAGCGGUUCUGGAACUCGGCGUUGGCGCACGGUCUCAGGGAAUUCGCGGAGCUGCACAAGGAGCCUUUCUCCAAGUUUGUCGACUUCACGAACCUGCAGCGCUCGCGCACGCUGCGCGAAUUUGACGACCGCAUCACACGCUUCACGGCCAACUUCGAGACGGUCGACACGUACUACCGCCGCUGCAGCAGCGCCCCCUUCGUCACCGCCGUGCGCACCCCCCUGCUCGCGCUCAGCGCCCUCGACGACCCCAUCUGCACCAAAGAGUCCAUCCCCUGGGACGAGUGCCGCCUCAACCCUUACGUCACUCUUGCCACCGCCCCCCGGGGAGGCCAUCUCGCAAUCUACGACGGGUGGCUCCCGCGGCGGCUUUGGUGGACCAGACCCUGCGUCGAUUUUCUGGGGGGGAUUUUCGACGUGGGGUACAGAGGGCUCGAGCCCGUGCAGGCGGUAAAUGGGACGGUUCCACGUGGCCCCCUGCCGUUGGUCAAGGGAGUCGGGGAAGAGACGGCGCUGGAGAACGGGUGGGCGGUCGAGACGUGCAACGGUGUGACCGACGCCCUGAUUGACGCUGAGGUGAAACCCCGCAAGGUGCUCGUCACACCGAAAGUGGGCGCCAAGCCGAACGGCGUGUUGCCGCAGAUGAACGGUGUGACGCACACGGUGCUGGACCGGUUGGUGGGCACCCCCAAACGGGCCGCGAAACCAAACGGGGUCUUGCUAACCCAUGCAAAGGAGCCAAAUGGUGAGGCGUACGACCACGCUUGGGCGUCCGAAACGUGGAGCAAACCGUCCGAAGCCCCAGUCAACGCAGCGGACACCCCGGGCAAGGUCACCGGGAGUGCGAGCAAAGCGUCCGUAAAUGAGGGCGAAGCGUUCAAACCCCCGUCCGAACCCCGGGACAAGGCGUCCGACAACCGGGAAAAGGCGUCCGAAACUCCGGGCAAUGCGUCCGAAUCCCCGGUCAGAGUGUCGGCGAACAGCACUCCGCUCCGGAACGGGCGUCUGAAGCGCAUUGUCAUCGAGUUUGCGGACGAGAGCCAGGCGGCGGCAGUCGAGGCCUUCUUGUCGGAGAUCCUCAAACAGAUGCGAGGAGUCGCUCCCACCCCCCGAAGCGCCCACCAGUCGCUGAACGACGCCGCUCUUGCGGCCUCCACGGCUGCGGCGUCCGCAUCUGCCGUUGCAGCCGCCGCCGCCGCCGUCGUCCGAAGCGCGUCCGCAGCGACAAUUGCCGUCCGAAAAUCUGAAACCCCUCCACAAGAUCAGGACGGCGAGAAGCGGCCGGCAUUGGAUAGCACUCGGUACUCUGAGUUGAUGAGCUGCUACAACCGGCUGGCGAUGCAUGGAAGCAAGAGUGCGUGGCUUUUGGCUUACGUUGCGGUUGCCGUUAGCUUUCCGCUGGCCGGAGCGCUCCUACGGAUGCAGGCGGUGCAGAGAAUGAAGGCGUCAGAGCGAGUGCUGAGGCUCAGCCGGAAAGUGGGCUUGAAGUGAGGUCAUGAUAUUAAGGUUCUGGUUCGAAAGGUGUUUGUAGUUUGCUACGGCUAUGACGGCCAGGUUUGUGAUUGAGACAGUCACAGAGCGGUUUUGUGUUUGGUACUGCGUUUGAUGAGUAUCGUCAAACUAUUAGACUCGGUGCUAUGACUAUUUCUUGAGGUCUAUAAGUAAGUCUACGCUUCCAGGUUUUGGGCCGUGUAUACGGGAAA